ACAAGUUCAUUCCUCGUGUAUAAGAAUAAAAAAAAAAGGAAAUAUAAAUGGACCCACAAAGAUCAUCAGUAGUACCACCUUUUGGUGGCGGCAACAACACGAUAAGGGCGGCGAUAAUGGUGGUGGUGAUGAUCGUCUUUUCCGGUUACCUCUUCUUGUGGGUUAUGAUACCCACUAAUCCUUACCGCCUCAAUUGGCUGCCGGAGAUUCGAAAACAAACCACUUCUACUUACUUCGGAACCAUCCAGGGUGCGACUUACUUGAUGUUCGCGUUUCCGGUUCUACUCAUUGCGGUGUUAGGGUGUGUGUAUGUUCAUCUAGGAAAGAAAUCGAUUGACAAUCAUACCAAAGGGUACUAUUUAUUUAUUUUAUUAUUUUUUUUAGAGAUCAAUGGAAAUAAUAAUAAUCAUAGGUUGGCAAUAUGGAAAAGGCCUAUGAUUAUAAAAGGAUUAGGGAUAGUGACUCGGAUUGAAAUUGCAUUUUUUAUAAUGUUUAUUGCUCUUCUUAUUUGGAGCUUUGCUACAUACAUGCGCAUCAACUUUGCAACCAUUACACCAAACACAGCUGCAAAUAAGGGACAACUUGUGUAA